UUUCCCUCUUUCUUACUUUCUUCUUUCUCUCUCUCUCCUCUAUUUCUUAACAAACCUCAACUUCAAAGAUCGCCAAACAUGCUAGGAACUGAGCGUGAUUUGAACUUCAAUGAGACCGAGCUGUGUCUCGGCCUGCCUGGUGGAAGUGGUGGAGGAGGAGGAGCUGCAGCCGCCGGUGGUGGUGGUAAAAAUGAAGUGGAAAGUUCCCCAAAGACCACCGGGAAAAGAGGCUACUCCGAGACUGUUGAUUUGAAGCUUAAUCUUCAGUCUAAAGAAGGUUGCAUGGAUCUGAACCAGAACCUAGAAAAUGGUUCAAAAGAAAAGAAUCAUCUCCCUGCAAAACCACCAGCCAAGGCACAAGUAUUGGGUUGGCCACCAGUUCGAUCUUAUAGGAAGAACAUUAUGGCUAACCAGAAGAACAACAGUGACGAAAUCAGUGACAGAGCUAGCAGUGGCAGUGGCGGUGCAGCGUUUGUGAAGGUUUGCAUGGAUGGUGCACCAUAUUUGCGUAAAGUAGAUUUGAAGAUGUACAACAGCUACCAAAAGUUAUCCGAUGCCUUGGCUAAGAUGUUCAGUUCCUUCACCAUGGGGAGUUAUGGAUGUGAAGGAAUGAUAGACUUCAUGAAUGAGAGCAAGUUGAUGGAUCUUCUCAACAGUUCUGAUUAUGUGCCAACCUAUGAAGAUAAGGAUGGCGACUGGAUGCUCGUGGGCGAUGUCCCAUGGGAGAUGUUUGUUGACUCAUGUAAACGUUUGCGCAUAAUGAAAGGAUCCGAGGCAAUAGGGCUCGCUCCAAGAGCAAUGGAGAAAUGCAAGAGCAGAGCCUAAACCAUUCAAGAUCAUGGAAUUAGAGCAAAGGGGCAGUUGCCCCCUACAACUUUCUUGAGAUGGUGUCAUUGUAUUGUAUUAAAUAUUUCAUGUAUUUGGUAUAUAUAGAUAUAUAUAUAAAUAAUUUUAUUAAAAAAAAAAGAAAGAAAGAAGAAGAUUUGGGACAUUUGUAAUGGACAAGAAGCAAGAAACUUAACCGUAUUGUCUGGCUUUGUUUAUUACUAAUGGGGGGGGAGAAUUGUUGAAUGAUCACAUGUUUUUGCCAUUGUCUGGUCGUCUUUUACUGUCAUAGUUUGUUGUCUAUGUGUUUUGUUCUUCCCCCCUUAGUUUUUAAUGCUAAUAUUUUCCUUUCCACCCAAUCAAAAA